CCGGAAGUUCCCAGUGUGACAGACGAAAGUGGAAAGAGAAGACCCGAGCUGCACUUGGAAAGUUGGAAGUACAGUUCCAAAAAAUAUCCAGAAGCAAGAAACUUAUCGAAAUAUCUUCCGAUAAUGACCUCUCUCUCGGGGGACAGUGAUAAAGAGAAGCUGCGCUCUGUGACAGUGGACUUAAACAAUGAUGCAUCUCUCCUUAUUGACAUACCUGACGCUCUUUGUGAACGUGACAAAGUCAAAUUCACUGUCCACACAAAGACCACACUAAGUUCCUUUCAGAAGCCGGAAUUUUCGGUAUCACGGCAACAUGAAGAUUUCAUUUGGCUCCAUGACACAAUCGUGGAGACUGAGGACUAUGCUGGCUUCAUUGUCCCUCCCGCCCCACCAAAGCCUGACUUUGAGGGUCCCAGAGAGAAGAUGCAGAAGCUGGGAGAGGGUGAAUCCAGCAUGUCUAAAGAGGAAUAUGGCAAAAUGAAGCAGGAACUUGAGGCGGAAUACCUUGCUGUUUUUAAGAAGACUGUGCAGGUUCAUGAAGUUUUUCUUCAAAGACUGUCUUCCCACCCCAUCUUCAGCAAGGACAGAAACUUUCAGAUAUUCCUGGAAUUCGACCAGGAUCUCACUGUGAGGAGAAAAAAUGCCAAGGAAAUGUUUGGUGGAUUCUUCAAGAACAUGGUAAAGACUGCUGAUGAAGUGCUUAUCUCAGGGAUCAAGGAGGUUGAUGAAUUUUUUGAACAGGAGAAGACUUUUCUGCUGGAUUAUUCUGUCAAAAUCAAGGAUGCCACUGCUAAGGCCGAGAAAAUGACCCGUUCACACAAAAGUGUUGCUGAUGAUUAUAAUCUUAUUUCUGCGGCUCUGAAUAGCACUGCUGCGGACAACAACACCACGUUAAAAAAACACUUGGAAAAAUGUGCUGAUGUGUUUGAAAAGCUUAGGAAAUUGGAGGACAGAGUGGCAUCAGACCAGGAUCUCAAGCUAACAGAGCUGUUGAGAUAUUACACCAGAGACAUUCAAGCAGCCAAGGACCUUUUGUACAGACGGGCACGGGCCCUCGCCGAUUAUGAGAAUUGCAAUAAGGCUCUUGACAGAGCUCGCCUGCGGGGUAAAGACAUUCCACAGGCUGAAGAGAACCAGAAGAAAUCUUUGCAAAAGUUUAACAGGCUCUCUGAGUCUGGCAAGAAAGAGCUCACCAGCUUCAAGGCCAGGCGGGUAGUGGCCUUCCGCAAGAACUUGAUCGAGAUGGCAGAGCUGGAGAUAAAACAUGGCAGGAACAGCGUGUCCCUUCUGCAGGGAAGCAUUGAGAUGCUCAAGAGCAAUUGAGCCCACAAGCCACACUGGGCCAUCCUCAGUACCUCGUAUUGUUACUGACCUAAUAGAGUGAAGCCUGGACAAUUGGGAGAGUCACCACCAGCACAAUGUCUCUACCUUGUUUACAGUUUUCUCUUUGCUGCCAGUAUCUUGCAAUAUCUGGCUGAGGGCAGCGACUCCCUCCAUGAGCCUGUCAGCACUUAAAAUCUAUCUUUGUCUGUUUUGUAUUGCACCUGUGUUAUCAACGCUUUUCUUUUUAAGUUUUUCUUGCAUUUGCUGAGAUAUUUUAGAUCAGGUAACACUGACAUAUAUACAGUAUAUAAACAAUCAUAAUAAGAAAAGAGUUGAAAGUACAUAAUUUCUGUGAUAUUUUUGUUUUGUUUUGUUAUCAGUGCACCAUGAUUAAAUUCAGAUUUUCUUUUCACUGCAGUUUUGUACCCUAUAAAUGUGAUCAUUUGUGUUCACACUGGAAAGUUGGUAGAACUAUUCAUAAACUGUCGCAGAAAAAAAUUGAUCAGAGGUGAUGUGUGACCACCAUUUGAUUUGGGUAACAGAGAUGUGCCAUGGGAGUGCUGGCAUUAAUUCUUGAUCAAAGCCAAUGUCAAAUUGCACUUUGCCAUGGUCGCUAGGAGCACAAUCGUAUUAAAUCUGCUUAUUUAGGCAAUUCACUUUAUAUUUCAGCGUGAACAAUUGACUGACCCUGACAUCCCUGGUGUUUGAGGCAAUUCUCCAUCUUGUGUUACUAUCGUUUGUUUUUGUAAAGGCCAUAAAUAAAAUGUUGCUCUUAUGUGUAUGCAUAAAGCAGUUUUCCAUAAAUGAGCUGGCUGUUGUCCCUGAUAUUACAUUCAAUCUCAUACAGAUAUUGGUCAAAUCUUUAAAUACAAAUCAGCAUUCCUUUUUCAUAUGUUUAACUUGCUUUUAUGUACUUGACUGUUUCUUUGUUACUAAUGCUAACAGUCGGACGACAUUUAAAUGUGUGUAGAGUUACAUGUAUAUGUAGUGCUCUGAUGGGGCACUACAUAUGUUUUGUUAUAGAAUUAUUGUAAUCAUGUGUGAGCUCAGUUUAAAAAAUAACACAUUUUAUAAAUGAAUUAAUGUGUAGAUGAAAAAUGGUUUUUCAUAUGGAGAAUCAUAGUUUUUAUGAAAACUUCCUAAAUAAUGAAAUUAAAUGUACCAUGAGUUUUCA